CAGGCCUUAUAUUGCUGACGGAGCUGGGGUGGCCAAAAAAAGCCUGGAGCGCAAGCCAGCAGUGGAAGGAAGAGAGGGGAGCAAGCAGGAUCGCUACUGAAAUGGCCACCAAACUUGUGGAUCUGGUGUAUUGGCGUAACUUGAGGAAGACCGGCGUGGUGUUCACGGGGCUGGUGAUGGGUCUGGCCAGCCUCUUCCAGCUCAGCGCCAUCACCGUGCUCUCCCACAUCUGUCUGGGCAUCAUGUGCCUCACCUUCCCCCUCCGUCUUUACUACAAACUGCUGGAGCUGCUGCGCUGGAACCCCGGCGUCCAUCCCUUUCAGUCGUACCUGGAUCAUGACAGCUCUCUGACGGAUAAGGAGACGGUGAUGCUGGUAGAGGAGGUGGUGCUGCUGAUCGCAUUCGCUGUCACAGAGAUCAAACGGCUUCUUUUCAUCGACAGCUUGGUUGACUCUAUUAAGUUUGUCGUGCUCUUGUAUCUGCUGACGUACGUCGGCGUCCAGAUCAACGGGCUGACUCUGGUGAUAACUGCUGUGAUUGCUGUUUUCUCUUUUCCUCUGUUGUACAAAAAGCAACAGGUGCGGAUAAGACGGUUGGUCAGAGCGAUCAGAGCUUUUGUAAAGAAAAUCAGAAAUAUGUGCCUCAGCUUGUAUGAAUCAGUGAGACCCUCUGGGGCUCCUGAACCUGCCCCUAAGCCUGUCGUUGCUGCCGCCUCCAAACAGAAAGCCAAGUCCAAGUAACUUGUUGGUCACAUGUUUGAAAGCACCCAGGAUCUGGGAUUUGGAAAAUGUUUGAAUGGUACAUCCUCUGUGGGGCCGCUGGAGGGGCAGCUCAUUUCCAUUUCUCCACCAUGAUGUUUGUUUAUGGGAGCAAGAUUUAAUUGAUCCUGACAGUUGAAACAAAGCUGCCAUUCACUCAAGGAGAGGCGGGGGAAUUUUAUUUACUGAGAUGCUCUCUGUGGGCAGUGUUUAAUAUAACCAGUUCACACAGUCAUCUUCUGCAAGUGGGGCCGGCACAGAAUAUCACUGUUUUUUCUUCGAUAACAAGUCUAUUUUUACAUAACUAGUGAGCACUGUGUUCCUGUUGGACUGCAGAAUUAUUCAUCACCAAAAACUGAAGCAUUAUUGCUGCUUUCAUUAUUUAGCAUCCUUCAGUGUUGGCUGGUUAGAAUAAAACUGACAUGAACAUCAUUUUCCAUUAAUCAGUAUUAACAGUGUUGUUCAAGUAUUAGGAAACGCUUUCUAAGCAGCAGCUACUUACAACUUUUAUGAGGCUCAUAGGAGAAAUUGUCCUCUGCUCUUCGUGUUAAUCGCAUUUAAUUAGGAACAAACAGUGACUUCAUAAUGCUCUUAGAGCAGUUUGCUGAUUAAAAGUACAAAGAGUAACAAUAAAAUGACUCUUAACAAGUGAGAGGAACCUUGAUUGUCCUCAGCAAUCCACCAGAAUUAUGACUGAUUAAUGGACCGGAGACACAUUUUUAAAUUUUUAGAUAAGAGUCUUUGCUUCUGCUUUAACAGUUUAGCCGUUAAAUUAAACCUACAGUAACGUUGUUGGCCACUAGCGAGCAGUGGUGACAAGCUGAAUAAUAAUGCUGCUAUAGACUGUAUAUAAAGGGCGGUUGUAGUAACUGUGGCAUUACCAAUUGGUUUAUGAAUUACUCUUUUGAAGACUCCAGCAUCCUGUCAAUCACAAAGUAGCCACACUUUGAAGUACUCUGCUUUAUUGUCUAUUUUUCUCUAAAUGGGACCACAAUUUACAAAAUUAACAUCAUGCUAUACUGAAGAAGACAUGAAACUAGCGAUUGACUCGACUUAUUAUGAAACUGUUUGCUUAGCUAAUUUAUGAGUUGACAAGUAGGGUUAUUUUCUCAGACUUCUAUACAAUUGAACUGGUUUUGUAACUAGAGGAGUUGCCCCCUGCUGGUCUUUAGAAAAAGUGCAGUUUUAUAUCACCUCCACAUUAGUCUGACAUUUCACCUAAACUUUUUCAAUUUUCCUUUGAGUACGGGAAUCAUAAAUUCACACAUUGACAUUUUUAUGCUUUGCUAAAGCCGUGCAAUAAGGCAGACCAGCUCUUUUUUCCAAUGAAUUAUCCAUUUUAAUGACAGUGCUCAGCUCCCUAUAUUCACCAAAACAAUUCCACCAUCUCCAUUUUGCAAGGGGCAUCAUCACUGUAUCCUGGGCUGAGCAACGUCCAAGAUGAUUGUGACUGGUUUAGAGAAAUACAAGCCAAAGCGUCAUUUCCUCUGUAACAGCAUGAUAAUGAGAUGCAGCCAGAUCAUUCUGACACAGACAGGCCUGGCUGUGUGAGACUACUUUGGCAUUAGCUUCACUCUUCAAACACAGAGGCUACAUCCAUGUUUUAUAUACAGUCUGACUGAUAUAUCAUCAAGUUUAUAAUUUAAUAUGGAAAAUCUUUUAGCAAAUAUUUGCCUAUUUAGUAAAUGUUGGUUCAAUAUUCUCUCAUUUUUUUGCUCUGUUUUUGGUCUCCACCAGCACAUAAACAUCAGGCUUGCUGCCUGGGUAGUGUAGAGUUUCAAGCUUUUAUAACAUUUUAGUUGAAAACGGCUGUUUGCUAUGCCUGAACACGUCACAAUACUGGUGACGCAAAACAGGUAAAGUUUCAGGUUGUAAAACACACACAAAAAAAAACAGCAGAUUAGAUUUGUCAGUUUGUGUGACUCCUUUCACAGAUAAACAUGUGAUCCAUUAUUAUUAUUCUAAAAUACUGAGUGUAGCCAAAAGAACAAGAGAAAAAUUUGAAGUCGUCAUUGUGUUUGCAUUAAUUUGCUCCUCUAUUUGUCCCAGUUUCUUCUCUUAGUUCUAACUCACUAAACUAACUACAUAAUUAACCAUUCUAAUAAGGACACAGCACCUCCACUCUGCUGGAUAAUUGUGUGAACUAGAUACAUCAUAAACUGCCUUCGGAGGACAUUUCAGUGGAUACAACUGUAUUAUACUCCUUUGCAAGAUAUUCACUGUUACUGUCAGACAUUAGACCAAAAGCCAGAUAGUUUUACGUAAAAGAAGGGGUCAGUGGAGUCAUCUGGUGAGGACGUGUCUCGCUUUCAAAAAAACAAGCAGAUAAAGCAGCAUCGCAACAUGCCGCUGACAGGUCGUGAAGAGAAAAGAGCUCGAGGGGCAGUUUGACAAUGAGAUGGAGGUCACUGGUAAAUACAAAGACAUCUGCUUAAGGAAGACAUUAAGUUCCAUUCCUAUUCCACCUCCAGGGCAGAAAUAUCAUGGAAAUAUCAACAUGCUGAAGUUACAAUAAUGGCAUCAAGAACUUUCUCUUUGAUAUAUUUGUCAGUUGUGCUCAUUUAAUACUUCCAGUGAGGAUCUGUUGGUUGCACAACUCCAUGUCUACAUUUUCCAAAUCAGCCAAACAAUUCAAGAAUGCGGCUGAAGGUUGUUUCCAAAAAUAACCGACCAAUCUCUGUAAAAUUACCCAGAGCACCUCAUUAAGUGAAAAAACACUUUCACUGCAGUGCAACAGGAAAAAUUUUCUCAUCGUUUUCCAACAGCGUUGAAGAACACUUAGACUGAUAGGUCAACUUGACUGAGUUUACGAUGAACCUUUGACCUCAUAAAGAACGCUUCAGUUGUGAUCUGACGUGGAGAGAUGCUCUUGUUAACUUGCAGUGUGCCAUCUGUACAUUUUUACUCUUCGCAAACUGUAACUUCAAGUGAAAGACCAACAAGGAACAGGAGAAAAAACAGUUACAUGAGGAUGAAGAGACAAAAAUUGUGGGUAACUUUCCCUUUAUUAUGACAACAAGCUGCUAAACCUGAGCCAGUAAACUGUGAGGAAGUUAUUUCAGUGCAGCUGUUUAGCCUCCUGUUAGCAUGUCAGAUCAAUGUCCUCUGUUUCAGAUCUUAAAACAAUGCUGCACUCAUACUAACAUGUCUUAAUGAGCUGAAGUGUUACAUAUACAAAACACAUUUUCUUACCUGCAUCUGGUGAUGUUGCAUUGGUUACCUACAUCUGCAGACAGUUCUGCUUUUGCCGUCUAUGUAUUAUUUCUGUUUGCUGCUGGAUUUAUCCCUUUAACAUGUACAUUUUCUACGCUCUUAAUGCCGCAAACAAAUUUCCAUUCAUCCAAAAAUCCAUUCACCUCCUUCAUCAUACAGGGACGGCAGCAAAAUUUGGACAUGCAAAACAAAAACUAUCUGCUAGAUUUAAAAAAACAACAACAAACAAAAAAAAGCCUCUCAACCAUUUAAGGAUGCACCAGUGCAACAGCUUAUUGUGGUACCACCUGAUGUCACUUUGUACAAUUACAAUCAGCACAAUAUCAGUUUUACUGCCUGUUUUUGGCCGUUAUUUUCCUCGACAUCAUUUAAUCUUUAUGCAACUGUCAAAUGCACAACAUCAAAACAUUAUUAUAGUCUUGCCAACUGCCUAAAGCUGGGCAUCAACCACUACAGUUGUCAUUUUUAUAUUUUGUUUUAGGUUUACUCAGAUUUCUAGAGGUAUUUAUUGUUUUUAUUGUUAUUUCCUAUUGUAACUUUGCUCCCCAAUAAAAAGUUAUUUACUACAAAGCAAAGUGAA